AACAACAUGGCUGCCGUCGAGAAAGUGCGUGUAUUUGUAGUUGGUGAUUCAGGCGUUGGUAAAACCUCUUUAGUGCAUCUAAUCUGCCAUGAUGRAAGUAUAUCGAGUCCAGCAUGGACAAUCGGCUGUACGGUUGAAGUCAAACUGUACGACUACAAAGAAGGAAUGCCAGGUGCCAAGACGUUUUUCCUUGAGUUUUGGGAUAUCGGUGGUUCGGCAAACCAUGAAAAGAGCCGUUCAAUAUUUUACAACUCUGUGAAUGGACUGAUCCUUGUUCACGAUUUAACUAACAAGAAAUCCUUUUUGAAUCUAAGAAAAUGGUUAAGUGAGGUUUUGAAUUCAAAUAGCUCUAGUAGUGGUGUUAAAUCGAACGACAACUGGUUUGGGAGUGAUACCGUUGAAGAUUUUGACUUGGAGCAGUUUGCAGGUACUCAGAUCCCAACGCUUGUCGUGGGAACAAAACUUGAUUUAGCAGGAUCAUCAAGGGUUAAUAAUUCAUCCAGAGGAUUGAACUUUGUUGAUGAAAUAGGUGCUGAUGUGAUGAACAUCAAUAGCACUGACACAACGCAGUUGAGAUCUGGACACGUCAACACGAGAAAAUUACGAAACUUUUUCGAUAAAGUCAUUGAAAGGAGAUUCAGUACCAGAGAUAAUUCACAGGGCUAUGGCUACUUAGAAGGACCCAAGAUAUUCCAGGAAAGAUCAACUAAAAGAAAACAAUUUUGAAAUAAGCUUAGAUGCAGAUGUAUAUAGAGUUAACGCACUAAAUCCGUGAAACAAAUACUACUGAUUACUACUAAAUAGUGUUGAUUAACAAUAGAAAACAAAGGAAUUAGCAUAAUUUAAUAUUAUUUUGUACUAUUAAAGCUUCAUGGAUUAAGUGUGUUCACUAUUAUAUAUUAAGAAUGGAAAUUCAUUUUUGUCAUCUACAAUAGUGAUCAGCAUUUUGGAAUAUUUCAGUGGUAAAGUCCAUCAUCAGUGAUAAGCAAUCUCAGGAGCAGUGUAAAUGCUCAGAAUUCAAUAUUUGGUAAAAAUUAGGAAGGUGGUAGAGUACAAACACUAAAAGCGUGCAAAACUUUGCAAAAUUUGCUACAAAAUAGUGCUAAUUAAACAAUAGAAAAUAAAAGAAUAUAGCAUAACAUAGCAGUAUUUAGUGGUAUUUAUGUUGCACAGUGUUUGUACUCUAGCCUGUAUAUUAGAAUAAUCCAGAUGUGCAUAGUCUAGGAAGGUGGGCAAUAGUCUGAUUGUCAUACAGGUUUUCAGGGCUUUCAUUAAAUUUGGAAGUAGGUGGC